AUGGCGGCAGAUACGCGAAAUGCCAUGAAGAUCAUGAAGUCCUGUAUCUUGGAGCUGGAAAGUCAGAAAUCGCGGAACUGGUCUCGAGCCCUCGACCUCUUCUAUCGCCACGCUGGCGCAGAGGUUGAGCCCGCGGAGCGCGAACUCAUCGUGUUGGGCAACAUGGCCAUCGGCGCGUGUCAAGGCCAUUGGGAAGCGGCACUUCAGCUCUUUGGACGAAGUUGGGAUCUCACAGUUUUUGCGGCGUUAUUCCACUCCCUGGGCCUCGAUGCCGACCACUUCAGCUUUGGCGCCACCCUGCAAGCCGUGGGACGCUCGUGGCGGAGUUCAUUAGCGCUGCUGGCAGAAAUGCAACGGAGGACCAUGGAGAGGAGCGUGAUUUGUCACAACUCAGCCAUGUCAGCUUGCGGCAAAGCACAGCAAUGGCAGCUCGCGCUGCAGCUCUUUGCGGAUUUGGGCGGUGAAGCAACUGCAGUGUCGCUGAACACGGCCAUCAACGCAUGCAAAUCGAGUAGGACCUCGUGGCCCUUCGCCUUGACCCUCCUUGACGACGCCAACGCCGACGUGGUCUCCUUCAACGCGGCGCUGGCCGUGGCCGGGGUCGCUGCGUGGUGGCAGGUGCUUGGGCUGUUGGAGAUGAUGAAUGUCAGAGGAAUCAAGGCAGAUGUCAUUACCUACGCGACCGCCAUCAGCGCAUUGCGCGGACUGGAUCUAUGGGAACAGGCGCUCGCGUUGUUACAAGCAGCAGGUGAUGAAGUGGAUGCCUUCACCUACAGCGCCGCCAUCAGCGCCAGCGCUUCGCAUUGGCCCCUGGCGCUGCAGCUGCUGCGCACGGCGCAAGACCAGCGUCAUGGCACGGUGGCGGUGCACAACGCGGCCAUGAACAUUUUGCGGCAAGCGCAUCAGUGGGCCUUGGCUCUGGCCCUCUUCGCCUUCGGCCCGGGCCAGGGCGGCCAGAGCGGCCAGGGCGGUGUGCAGCGCAAGCCGCAUCCCAACGAGGUCUCCUUCGGCACGGCCAUCGCCUGCGCCGGCGAGAUGAAGCACUGGCCGCUGAGUUUGACCCUGCUGGAGGAGUCCAUCCGUCUGUCGCUGCGCACCCCGCAGCUCCUCGGUCUCGCCGUCACCGCCCUCCUUUCAGCGACACCUCCGCAGUGGCCGAGGGCCCUGGCGUUGGCGUUGGCGCAGAAAGCUGAUGUGAUUGCCUUCAACUCCAUCAUUUCAGCUUGCGCUGCUGCUAGUCGCUGGCAAGAAGCUUUGGACAUCUUCGGCUUUUUGGAGACCUCAGGAAGAGCUGAUGAAAUUUCCUACAGCUCUGCCAUGAAGGCCUGUGAAGAGGGACAGUUUUGGGAGCUAGCGCUACAUUUCCUGGACGUCUUGGAAGAGAGGACGAUGGAAGUUGAUGUGAUCAGCUACAGCAGUUGUAUCUCAGCUUGUGACAAAGGCGCCCAGUGGCAAAGCGCCUUACUGUUGCUGAAGCUGAUGCCUGUGAGAGCGCUACAGGUGGACGCCAUUUCACAAAGCGCUGCGCUCAGCGCCUGUGAAAAGUCCAGCGAAUGGACGCAGAGUCUGUCGUUGUUGUCGGAGUUUGCGGAGUGUGAUCUCAUACUCUUGAACUCGGUGAUCAGUGCAUGCAGCAAGAAGCUGCAGUGGAGGGUGACCUUGGAAUUGCUGCAACAGAUGGAUGAUUCGGAGCUUGAACGCGACGAAAUCACGCUGGAUGUGACCAUUGCGGCAUGCGCGGGCGUGGUGCAAUGGCGUUCUGCACUGUCGUUGCAGAGUGGCACCAGAACUGUGGGUUGCUGCAUUGGCGGCUUGCGCGCUUGCGAAGCCGCCAGUGGCGAAGCUGCGGCACUGCGGUCUGCGCCACAGCUGGUGGAAUGGCUGCAUGUGCAAGGACUCAAAGCCUUGAUGACCGGAUAA